AUGAAGUUCAAGCAUCUCGCCCUCCUCCCCAGUCUCUCUUUGAUAUCCACGGCCACCACCCUCCCAACCUCCAACCCACCAUCAACGAAUGACACCCUCUGCGACUGCUACAUAAUCUCCGGCCCGGACCCAGGCUACUUUACCAACUACCACUUCUGGGACUUUCGCAACAUCCUUCUCCCAAAUGCCACCCAACAACCGGCCCUAGCGCCCCUCGCACUAGACACCACGCUCCUCCUAUCCAACACUCCCUUCAUCAACGACUGGCGCCCCCAAACUUGGACCAAAACGGGAAACACGGAGCUCCUCCCCAUCGCCAACGCCGAAACAAACGUAUUCAUCGCUCCCAACCCUGACCCCCAGAGCCACGUCUGGCCAAACCCAACAUACCUUCUCCUCCAAACAACCCGGCUCGCAGACCACGUCUCAACCGCCGAAAUCGAGUUCCUCCGAUGGAACAUCCUGCACUGUUCACUCCGCGUGAGAAUGAGACUCAUGUCAAAGGAAACCGCCCUCGGCCCCAGGAUCAUCUACCCACCCACCCGAAGACCCGAAGACAAGGAUUGGGGCAAAGGGAGUCGACAACCCGUGAGGCAUAAUACCGUGCCCAAAGGCGCUUGCGUCGGACUCUUCACGUACCAGUCCAAAACAUGCGAGUCGGAUAUCGAGAUCCUCACUUCUGACCCACCCAAUGUGAUCCAUUAUUCUAACCAGCCAGACUACGAUCCCGUCUCGGAUACCGCUAUCCCCGGGGCGGGCUCCAUGGUGAAUCUUUCGGUGCCGUGGACGGCGUGGUCGACGCAUCGCCUGGAUUGGUUUCCUGAUAUCUCGCGUUGGUAUGCUGGGGAGACUUUGCAGGCGGUUAAGGCUUAUGGUGUGCCUCGGGAGCCGAGUACUUUGGUGUUGAACCUGUGGAGCGAUGGGGGGAAUUGGACGGGGAAUUUGAGGGCUGGGGAGUCGGUGUUCUUGGGAGUUGAGUGGAUUGAGAUGGCGUUCAAUGUUUCUUCCGUGGCUGGGGCGUCUGUUGGCCGUGGUGAGGGCUUGACGAGGUCGCAAGGUGGCGCGGUUCGGAGGGCUGAUUUGGGGGAUGUUGGCAGAGCUAGGAGUAAGACGUUAGAAGGUGAUAUCCCGAAGCAAGAGAAUAUACCCACAGGGGCUGAGGUUGGGUGUCGAAAAGCGUGUUAUACAACAGUGCCUGUACAAGUAUUCACAUUGGUCUAG